UUUGCUCUGACUCCUGAGUUAGUCGGCUCUGCGCACGGCCCCAAGCGCAGAGCUCUAGGUCCUUGUUGCUCGAGGGUCGGGUCCUCGAGUUGUGCGGGGAUGCGACGAGCAGCAAUGGCGCUCGCCGUUCGAGUCGUGUAUUGUGGAGCUUGAGGCUAUAAGCCCAAGUAUCUCCAACUCAAGGAGAAGCUAGAACAUGAGUUCCCCGGAUGCCUGGACAUCUGCGGCGAGGGGACUCCCCAGGUCACCGGGUUCUUUGAAGUGACAGUAGCCGGGAAGUUGGUUCACUCCAAGAAGAGAGGUGAUGGCUACGUGGAUACAGAGAGCAAGUUCCGGAAACUGGUGACCGCCAUCAAAGCCGCCUUGGCUCAGUGCCAGUGAGCCCUAGAGGCAGGGUCCCGAAAACUCCUGGCCGGCCUUCCUUGGCAGCCGCUUCAUGACAGGAAGGACUGAAAUGUCUCAAAGACCUGUGGUUUUUCCUCGAUGUUCCUGCGGCCACCAAGUCAGGCCAGAGAUGGAUUCUGUGUGUGGGUGCCUCCCCAGAAUCCACCUGUGCACACACCCUGCCUGGCCCUCCUGCCCUCAUCCUCACCUCUCUCCUCUUCCUCACCUCUCUCUGAAUUCCCCCAUGUCUCCCACCUACCCACCUGCUUUGCUUUCCCUUCUCCACCUUAAGACUGCAAGAAGAUAGGCAGCCAUGUUGCCUGGUGUUCCCGGUUGAAUAAAGGUUGGAUGAGGCAACCCAA